AUGGCGACCAUUGAAAUGAAAGCUAAUAUAAAAUUGCUAGUCAGUCAAAAGCGUACCAACAAAGAGAUUCAAGAGCAAUUAGCCCGAAAUUUCCCUGAUUUGAACCCGUCUAAGACUACAAUCAAUAGAUGGAUUCGAGAGUUCAGAUGUGGCCGAGAAAGUUUGGAAAACCAGACUCAAAGAGAAGGAGUAGUGCAAAUCGAUUACCCUCGACUUUUGGCCGCCGUUAGUGCCGAUCUUAAGGCUGACAAAAAACUUUCGAUUCGGCAAUUGGCUGACAAGCAUCGGACAUCAACACAAACGAUGCAUAAUGUGGUCACGAAUCUCCUUGGCAAGAAAAAGCUAACUCCUGUUAAGGUUCCUCAUACCCUCAACAUAAGCCAAAAAGAGUCUCGAGUUAAGUGCAGUGAAGCUAUGUUAAAGCUGUAUAAUAGGGGCAAACGUGAUUUCAUCGAGAAUCUUUUCACCAUGGAUGAGACAUGGUUGUCCAUAUAUGACCCAGAGUCUCGAACUGAGUCAAUGGAAUGGGUCAGUGAUAGGUCCGAGCUCUCGCAAGUCGCAACAUCAGAUAGACGUGACCCUAAGGUUAUGACCUGUGUUUAUUGGUAUUCCGGAGGAAUUUUGAAAUUUUUUUGGUGUAAUCAAGGAACCACAAUCAAUGGUGAAAUCUAUCGCGAACAAUUGAAGGACAUCGAAUAG